GGACCGCGACUCCUCGGGAUUUUGUUCAACUGGGGCUUACUGGGAAUUCUCACGACACAGUUGUAUAUAUACUAUCUCAACUUCCCCAAGGAUCGUCGUGCUGUAAAGCUCCUAGUCUACACCUUGUACUUUCUUGACUGGGCCCAGACAUGUUCUGCUACGUACGACGCGUUCCAGUGGUUUGUGUAUGGCUGGGGAGAUAUCCACGCGCUCUAUGACUUGUUCACUGGCUUCCUCAACAUACCGAUCCUCUCGAGCACUGUAGCCGGAGCUGUUCAGAUAUUUUUUGGCUGGCGUAUAUGGAUGUUUUCA